CACCCAUGUUUCGAAUCCCCUCCCACCCAUAAUUUCGUCUCCUUUGUCUUAGGUUCUUAGCCAAAGAGGAGAGGGAGAGAAAAGUCCACAAGGUAGAAAAACAGACAGAAAAUGGAGAAGGCGAAGCAGUUCCUGGAGUCGAGCGAAGAUGAAGCGAACAGGGUAUCGCAACUCGUGAUUCAUCCUCACCGAGUCGGCCAUGAGUGCAGCUUCUACGAAGACUUCGCUUUACGAGGCAUCCGAGUCGACCGGGUCGACCCCGGCCUCGUUUCUUGUACCUUCACCGUGCCUCCACGCCUCACCGACAAGAGCGGGAAGCUAGCCACCGGAGCGAUUGCCAACCUGGUCGAUGAGGUGGGAGGCGCGGUGGUUCACGUGGAAGGUUUUCCCAUGAAUGUCUCUGUCGAUAUGUCCAUCUCCUUUCUCUCUACCGCUAAGCUCCAUGAUGAGUUGGAGAUUAUCUCCAAAGUGUUGGGGCGGAAAGGCGGCUACGCUGGAACGGUUGUGCUGGUGAAGAACAAGCUGACUGGGGAGUUGAUAGCCGAGGGCCGCCAUUCCUUGUUCGGCAAACUUCCCAGCAAGAUGUGAUCUAUUGACAUUUCAAUUCAAUCUCCGAGUCCGGGAUAAUAAAACGCUUAUGCUCUUUGAUCGUCUUUUCGUGCUUGGAACACAGGUAGGCUCUCUCUCGGAUGCUGAAACAUGACUUUGCAGUUUGCUGGAUAGGAGUCUUGGCAUUGCAUGAUGUGCUACCAGUAGAAAGCAUAACUUUCCCCCCGUUGUGGUAGGAUCUCUUGCUGUUAGCCUAAAUCACAAUUGAAGAUAGAUGCCUGGAGAAAGGAUGACUCGUCUGCUAACACCUUUUGGUUGUUCGUUGGCCAAUCUAGUGAAUGUAGUGUAACUGCAAGUACUUUCGAUGUUCAUGACUUCAUGUAUAGACAUAGCUUUCGAGUUGCAGUUCAAUUCACCAUUGGCCAAUUGCUUUAGAGACCAGUAGCGAUAGCGUUUGUAUUGACUUGACUGCUAACCUGGUUUGAUGGUAUCGUCAUCUUUCCAUAUAUAGUCAGUCAUUAAGCGUGGAUCCGAAACCUGCCUUUGUGCAGACUAGUUCCGCCUGUGUUUAGCUGGCGAACAUACAUCAGGAUGGAAUUUGUACUCAGUGGUAUAGAAUGCUAGCGGGAACUGAAUCAGGCAUCCACUUUCUUGUUAAGAAGCAUAUUUGAGUUAUGACUUUUCUGCAACUACCUGGUUCUUGAUACGAUGAGAUUGAUUUCAGCAAUAAUGGAGACUGUUUGCUUUCCCUGGAUUGAAUUUCCGCAGCUCUUUGUUUAUGAGAACAGUACAAAGCCACCAAAAAUACUUUUGUUCAAAACAUGGGUUGUAAACUUGUACUUUUGUUUAAGGGCCUUAGUGAUGUAAAGAAAGCCCCCAUAUGCGCGUACAGUGUUAAAUUGUAAGGGGUCAGUAAAAG